AUGGCAGAGUUGAAACCUGGGGUUCUUGUAAAGUUUCUUCAAGAAAUGGAUGUUGAUGGAAACACAAUACGCGAUUGUAAACCUGUGUUGAUACAGAUUAGAAGUAUAAUUCCUGUGUUAAGAGAAGGUAAUCUUUGGCCUAAUCAAGGAUUCUUUUUGAAGGUUUCUGAUAUGACACAUGCAUUGUAUGUUUCAUUGCCUCAAGAACAAGAUGAAUUGAUUCUAUAUGACAAAUUGCAUCUUGGGCAAUUCAUAUACGUGGACAAAUUAGAGGCUGCAUAUCCAGUUCCAACGCUUAGAGGCAUUACGCCUGUUCCAGGUAGGCAUCCAUGUUAUGGGAAUCCUAAAGAACUUCUCUCUAUUGAUACUUUGAAAAAAUUUCUUGGUGUAUCUAGUUUGGAGACUAUAGUUGAAGACUGCAAUGAAGUACCAAAGAAGACAGAAACAGAAAGGCCUCGAUCUUUAAGUGCUUCGAAAGUAAUUCCAAAUGAGAGAACAGGCAAAUCUGGGGGCGUUAGUUGCAUUACUGAUCAAGGUGGUAAUGAUAUGGUAAAGAAGCCAGUCCUAAGAUCUCGCUCCAAUAGUGCUUCAAAAGUAAGCUCAACAGGUGAAGGAAUGCCUAGAAGGGCACCAAAUUACAGGCCUCGUAAGAUUGAAGUUGAAAGUGCCUUGGGUUACAGGCCUAAAAAGAGUGACGUUGGAAGUAAUUAUAGGGGGCUUGAAAGACUUAAAUCUACGCGUGUUUAUGAAGAUGAUGAUAUGGAAAGUACAAUCUCAUUCACCUCUACAUCCUCAACAUUCAAGAGAAGAAGCUGGCAUGGUAGGGAAGCCACUAGGGUUGAUGAUAUUGCUGACACCCCUAUUGACAAGAAGGAAUUGGGACCUGAUAAUAGCAGUAGCAGAGUUUCUAUUUCUCCAAUCGAUUCAUUAAGGUUUGAUAGCUCUGAUGACAAUUCAAGCUCCAGAACGCAAAGAACAGUUGCUAGCUUAUGUGCAAAAUCUUCCAAAAUUUCCAGCAAGGGUAGCGUCUCAGCGCGAGGAAAAACAAGUGAAGAUUCUGUUAAUAGAAAAGUGAAUUUCAGCUCGUUAAACAAUAAGAACCCAAUAGGCACUACCAUAUCAUGCGAUUUCCUUCCCUCAACUUUGGUGAAACUUGGCCAGGAGGUGUCAAGGCAAAGAGACAUUGCUCUGCUUGCUGCUGUUGAAGCUUUGCAAGAGGCUUCUGCUGCUGAGAGAUUGCUCAAAUGCCUAAGCACAUAUUCCCAGCUUCUGUUGGCGAAAGGAAAGGAUCAGCAACUAUCAGUUGACAAAUUCCUCACUCUUCAAGAUGACUUGACUGAUACCAGCUUAAUUUUGCAAUCACUAACAGGUAGUAGUCAACUAAGAACAGAUGAUGCUGAUCAAAAUGUCCCUGGUGCUGUUGGGGAAGCACUAAAACUCGCACUGGACAGAAAGCGAAAGGCCACUUCGUGGAUAAAAGCAGCUGUGGCAUCAGAUCUCAACCCCAUUUCUGAUCUCAGCAAAACCAAAACUCUUUUUCUGGAUGCUAGCGGUGCAGAAAAAUCAUCAACUAAAGCGAUUCGUGCUAAACAUAAAGGGGCAUUGAUUGUUAGGAAGCAGAUAAACAAUGAUGAAUUGUGUAUUGGAUUGACACCAGACAUGGACAAGGAUCGAGAUUGGGUGAAAGGAAGUGCUUCACCAAUAUGUGCUGAACUAGCAAAUUCCUUGCACAAUGAAUGUAGAACAUGGUUUUUGAGUAACCUUGAGGAUUAUUUAGAUUGGGUUAGCAUCAAAAUCAAUUCCAGACAGUCUGAUAGCCAGGUAGCUGAAAUGAUGUUCAUGGUCAAGAGAGUGAAUGACUGGUUAGAUAUUGUGAGAUGCAGAGACAGUUCCAUAUUUGAGGAUUCCGCAUUGGAAGCUUGUGGGAGGGUGAGGAACAAAAUAUAUGAGAUACUGUUGAAGCAUGUUGAGAGAACCUGCCAAGAUUCCAGUGGUUGA